GCGCAAAGGAUUGUGGGCUCAGCGCGUAUGUUUCCAUCAUGGCGGCGUCAAUUUCGGGAUACACUUUUAGUUCUGUGUGUUAUCACAGUGCCAACAGCAGUUCCGACCAUGAGGGCUUCCUGCUGGGAGAAGUGAGACAGGAGGAGACUUUAAGCAUCAGUGACUCACACAUCGGUAGCUCAGAAUUCCUCAAUGUAAUAGAGGUCCAUAAUCAUGAACCUUGUGCACAACUGUUUAGCUUUUAUGACUAUGCAGGUAACGUCAAUGAAGAAAAUCUCAACCGAAUCCUCAAGGACAGAAGAAAAAAUGUUAUCGGCUGGUACCGGUUUAGAAGGAACACUCAACAGCAGAUGUCAUUCAGGGAGCAGGUGAUCCAUAAGCAGUUGACCUAUAUACUUGGCAUCCCAGAUCUGGUCUUCCUCCUCUUCAGCUUCAUCUCCACAGCCAAUAGUUCCACACAUGCUUUGGAGUAUGUGCUCUUCAGGCCCAACAAAAACAGGUUUAAUCAGAGGAUAUCUCUAAGCAUCCCAAACCUGGGCAACACCAGUCAACAGGAAUAUAAAGUCUCAUCUGUGCCGAACACCUCCAAGAACUACGCAAGUGUCAUUAAAGAACAUGGGACAGAGUUCUUUGAUAAGGAUGGGGUGAUGAAAGACAUUCGAGCUAUUUUUCAAGUAUACAGUGCCCUUCAAGAAAGAGUGCAGGCGGUGUGUUGUGAAGUGGAUCAAAGUGAACGAGUGAGGGAGAAAAUCCAAGAAGAAGUGAACAAACUCAAAGAGGAAAUCGCUCUCAGGAAACGUAACAGCGCUGAGGAAGAGAGAAGACUUCAAGAGGCAGCCGCUGUCACGCUUCCCGACAACCCUGCCCUUCCCGACUCCUCACACUCUUUGACUCGAGUCAUGCUCUCAGGUCCCUCGGUGGAGCCCAGUUUAGAGAGACCCGUGAACUCGUCAUCUCCACCAAUCUACAGCACCACACUGCUUCCAGAUUCACCAAGCGCUAUACUGCUGCCGCGGCCCCAAGCCGUAGGUUCGCCCGGCCACCCGUCUCCCAGUCUGGGCCUGGGCAGCGGAGACGGUUCGAGCUCAGAUUCCCUGAACCGUCAGGCCACCGGCCAGGAAGACCAGGAGGAUGAUGAUGACGAGGACAGUAGCGAGUAUGAAAAUUUAGUUAGCGAGCAAUUGCAACCACCUUCCUUAACGGAAACUGUUACAUUAGGACGCCCGGCUACCCUGUGGCCCGACGGAGACGCCCACAGCCCGCCGGGCUCAUAGUAGUUGAACAAACUAACGGGGAUAUUGACGAAUGAACAGAACUAGGUGUGAUCGUGAGGUCGGUGGUGUUCAGAACACAAACAAGCACUUGCCUUUUGUGAGUUAUGACAAUGCUGUCCUGUUGCACACAUUUAACAGCUCUGUGCAGGGGACGAACUCUGAAGUGGAAUGGAAUGAUAUCCCCAACCAUGUGGACAGACAAGGCCCCCUUUUCUUCAUUUUAUGCUCUCCUCUCUGGUUUUGUUUGGGUGGAGAGGUGCAUCCUGCUUCUCUCGGCGUCUGCUACUCACUGGAGUCAUUCGGUUUUUGCACCAUUUACCUCUUGCACUGUUUUGCCUUCUUUUGAUCUGCAUUUGAAUAGAAAAGCAAAGGGAAUUAUGUCUUUUUUUUGUGGCCUUCAAACAUCUUUGUGUGAGCUUAUUCCAUGACUUGUUCGUUGUCUAGCUUCAUUUAUCUGAAUGAAAAGAAAAAAAAUCACAGUUAUAAUAAGUGCUUAGGACUUCAGCUGACACUUGAACAGUUCUUGUUCUAGAAAAUGUAUUUUAUUUUUGGUUUUAUCAGUUAUAUUUGAUUUGAUUGAGUAAUAUAAUGGCCUAUUAAUGAAAAAAAGGAUAAUUUUUGGUCAACGAUUAUAAAAAGUUACUUUGAUAAGUGGUGCUUGUGUUUUCUAUGACAUACUGUAGAUCACUACUAAUUUCAUUGGCUUAAAUCAAACACAUUUUUGUCCUAAUGAAUGAAUCGAAUAUUAUAUUGUUUUCUGCUGCACUUCAAACGUUCACCAUUGAGCUUUAACUGAAAUUUUCGGUCGUACGGUUUGACGGAGCCAAUCAGAAACUGGAAGGGUCAGAAUGCAGCAUCAUCGAUCUCAGGAUUCUUUUGCAGUACAAGGACCGUUGCUUUCUCGCAUCUUCUUGUCCACAUGCCUUUGUUGUUUAGUUGAGAAGAUGUGAUUGCUCAAAGCAAUGCAGCGGUGGAUCAGUUUCGCGCUCCAUGAUAACGUGAAAUAAAGAUUUCAGCCAUAUGCAGCAGAUCUUUAAAGGUAGAAGCACAGUUUUGUCAUGUUAGUGGAUGUUUUGCUACGUCUGAUCGAACCAAAAUUACAUUUUCCCUCAAAAGUUUGUAUGUGUGUGAAUCUCAGAAAAACAUGUCUGGGUCAUUUUAC